GGACAGACAAGCUCACGUUAUAAACACCAAACUGGUAACCAUCCCUUUCUCUCGCACUACCAAUACUACUUUUUGAAUGCCCAAGCUCAACUUCGAUGUUGACGAAGCAACACUCCUACGCUCGUACAAAUUGUCCUCGCUGAAACCAACGAAAUGGGAAGAGGUUGAUCAUGAUUUGGAAGAUUCUCUCGCAGGUGCAUUAACGAACGCGGGGGGUGAACGCGAAGGGGAUCCGCUCGGUAUUGGUUCGGACGUGAAUGUGAAAGACAUGGAUUUAGAGUCAAAGGCCUCGGUUCUCAUAACUUCAAAAUCAUUCGAUCCAAAGGCCUUCUUAUCCGUGGUUCACCCAAACGCGACGUACCAAGAUCUCGCAGCCGGCAUUGCAAACCUUCAGACCUCCAUUGAUGCGCGUUCCGAAGCUAUCAGAAUACUGGUGGAAGAAAAUUUUGACCGCUUUGUCGCCGUAAAGGCCUCUACCGAUGCACUCCAGGCGGAAAUGAAAGAGGGUCUACUGGAGCCGUCCGCCGAAUACGCAUCUAGACCUCUCCGUGAUGAGCUCAAACAGGCCGCUGUUAAAGCCAAUCAGGUGUUUCUACCAGUACUCGAAAACGCUUCAAAAGCUCACAAGCUUAGGAGUACCCUUGGCGUGUUCGAGCGAUCGAAAUUCUUCUUCAACCUUCCUGGAUUUAUUAUCGAGUCGAUCGAAGCUGGCCGAUAUGAACUUGCCAUGCGAGACUACAAGAAAGGAAAAUUUCUGUUAGAGUCGAGACCGGGACAGUUGCUCCCUAUUGGAAUACCUAAAGACGGUCGAGCGUCCACUUCUGCCGAACAGCAACAGAAACGAAUACUCGACAAAGUCUGGGCAAACGUUGAAAAAGCCAUGGGGGAGAUGAAGAAUGUCCUCAUGUCACAAUUGCACGAACAUAGCAGAAGCAUAGAGGAGCAGGAAAAGACGUUAGAACUUCUUCUAGAGUUAUCAUCAAGUGAUGAUCCGGUGUGGACGUAUUUUGACAGCCAACACAAGCAUAUUUUGGACCAGAUGAACAAAGCUUAUAGGUCAUCGGUCGCUACAGUAAAUGUUGCUCGGGAGAAAACCGUGCCAGAUAUAUCCGACCCUGAUUCGCUGACCGCUAUGUUAGCCAACCAGCUGCAGAUCGCCGUUACGGCGGUGGAGGCGAAACAGUCUGACGCAGUAAUUGCAAAUGGGCCCGGAGAACCUGUUUGGGAGGCCAUCUUUGAUCUAGUGAAGAAUGUUUCCGAGAGCAUGGUUUCAUCAUUGCCCAAUUUCUGGAAGAUAUCGAUAAGUUUCAUCGAGGGAAAGUUCAAAAAGCCUCAAACAAUAACAUCCUCGGGUACACGUCGGAGUCCAACACAAUGCAGGAUCAUGGCCCUUGAUAUCGUGAAGCUCUAUGUUGCUCUUAUUUCGGAGUUUUUUACGCUUUCCGAUAUGGCCGUCAUGGCUUUGAGUACCAGUUCAUCAAGCUCGGCCGAAUCUUUGAUGCCUCACAACACCACCUCGUUCACCACAGCUCAUUACCUGACGAAAAUUAUGGGUGAAGUACAGGAAUGCGUUAAUGAGCUAAACUCAAUGGAAAUAUCGAAUGAAGUUUCCUCGAGCCUCAGGGGCCUUUUAGAAAGCGUCAAGUGGCGUUUUGAAGACAUUCUGAUCACUGCUUGGCUGCGAGACGCAGACAUUUUCUACCACCUCGAAACAUGGACACCCAGUUCUGCUGAUCCAUCCGCCACACAUUAUCUAACGCAAAUGGAGCUAUUCCAGAGGUAUGUCACGACAGCUGCAUUCAAGCUCGCCGGUGGCGUCGAUCUCUCGUCUUCUUCAUCCUUGACGAAACCCUCCCUCAAACAAAACCCUAUCCCCUCUGCGUUCGUCACCAAAAUAACUAAAGCUUUUAUCGACGUUCUCUACGCCUUUUUGGACGGCCUCGUGGUUUUAUCCUCGAACGAAGCACCGAUCGUCUCGGGGAAGCGAUUGGUUGUGUCUACUAUUACUGCGACGACGACAAGCUCGGCUGCCAAUGCUACAGAGCUAUUGGACCUUUCAGACUCGGACAUUCGUUUACUCCUGGUUCUCUCUAACUUUGGACAUUUAUCAACCUCCAUUAUUCCUGGAAUGAUUAGUCAACUAGAGACCGCCUUCGGGAUCGCGAUCCCUGAUGAUAGACAGACCUUGAUGACCGUGGUUCAAGAGCUCGAUAGAACUUUAUUUGAAGGAUAUGCAAAGCCGCGAGCCUCGGUAGCUACCACCCUUCUCCGUGCUGGAAUUCUAGAUGACCAAAUGGAUUGGUAUGAGACUCCCCAACCGAGAGAUAUCAGACCGUACAUGUACGAAACUUUGAUGUACCUUGUCGGCGUGCAUGCACAAGUCAGCAGUGCAGCAGAGGGCGCACUCUUGGAACGGAUUCUAAAAUUCUUGGCCGAGGAAUUAGCAGAGGAAGCUUUUCGAUCUUUCAAGCAAGUGAACCGCUUUGGGAUGGGGGGGAUGCUCCGCGCAACACUGGAGAUUGAAUUUAUGCAUCAGACGCUGGGAAAAUAUGUCACUUCAUCGGCGGCGAAGACACUUUCUGAUCUUUAUACCAAGAUCUCUCAAGCAUAUGCUCGUCGUCCCGGGGACGAGAAUUUGCAGAGCCAUCUGGACGGAGUCAAGAAGACGUUGGCAGAUACCCGUCGAGCAACGGGUAUUGAAUUCCUUUGUUUCAGACAAACGAAGACAUCAAGUCGGUCGGUCGGGACAUCGAAGACGCGAGAGAAGGAUCCUACUCGUAUCGCAGGACGUCCGAAGGACUAGAAGGCCGAACUUGGGGCUUUGUACCGGAGAUGUAUUUAUUGAAUCCGGAGAUGUACUUGUUAUAAUUGAGUGUAUCACAAUGUUAUUAGUGUGUUGAAUAUUCA